AUGGACGCGAUCAAUCGAAUGGUCCAAGAGACCCAAGAUUCCCUCUCCGACGAUGCCCUCCUACCCCUUAAGUCCUACAAGUAUUCGAGUGUCGACAAGUCGUUCAUUUCUCGGUAUAUCUUGAAGCACUACUGGAAUGCCUUCGUCGAACUUGUGCCGAUGUGGAUGGCCCCGAACAUGGUGACCCUUCUUGGGUUCAUGUGGAUCGUGGCCAAUAUCUUUAUCAUUCAAAUUUUCGUGCCAGAUAUGGUGGGACCCGGCCCCGCUUGGAUUUACUACAGCUUCGCUCUUGGCAUGUGGAUGUAUUCUACCCUCGACAAUGUGGAUGGUAAACAGGCACGCCGAACCGGGACGUCCAGCGGACUUGGAGAACUUUUUGAUCACGGUAUCGACUCUUUGAACUGCACUCUGGCCAGUCUGCUUUCGACAGCCGCAAUGGGCUUUGGAGCCUCGCAUCUUGGUGCUUGGACCGCACUUGUGCCUUGCUUGGCUAUGUAUUUCUCGACAUGGGAGACCUUCCACACCCACACACUGUACCUCGGCUACUUCAAUGGCCCGACCGAGGGCCUCAUCAUCGCCUGUGGAAUCAUGGUUGCCUCCGGAAUCUGGGGCCCUGGAAUGUGGUCUCAACCGAUCGUUGGAUUCCUUAACUUCCCCCAAAUCUUCGGCAACAGCUCCAUCAAGGACCUCUGGGUCCCAAUUCUCCUGGGUGGCUUCUUCCUCGGACAUCUCCCCGGAUGUGUUAUGAAUGUCGCUGAGGCCCGCAAGAAGCAGGGCCUGCCGUUCACUCCGUUGCUUAAGGAGUGGGUGCCUAUGAUCGCCUUCACCGUCUGCAACAUUGCCUGGCUGUUCUCACCUUAUUCGACUAUUCUGUCCGGUAACCACCUCGUUUUGUUCUGCUGGAUUAUCGCAUUCGUCUUCGGACGCAUGACCACCAUGAUCAUCUUGGCCCAUCUUCUGAGACAGCCCUUCCCCUUGUGGACGGUUAUGCAGGCUCCCCUCAUCGCUGGCGCGGUCCUCAUCAACCUGCCCAUGAUCGGCUUCCCGGCCAUUGCUCCGUGGCUGGAGCUGCUGUAUCUCUGGGUGUACCUCGUCUUCGCCCUGGUUAUCUACAUGCACUGGGCGGUCCUUGUCAUCAACCGCAUCACCACUUUCCUCGGCAUCAACUGCCUUACUAUCCGAAAGGAUAAGGCUGCUGCGAGAGACAGAGCCUAUCGCAACCUCGGUGAAUCGUCCCACAUAGAUCAGUCUCGCGCUUCGACUGACACAUCCAAGACACAUUAA